AUGCCCAAGCCGCUGACAGACCAGGAGAAGAGGAAGCAGAUCUCGGUGCGGGGGCUGGCCGGGGUGGAAAACGUCGCGGACCUGAAGACGAAUUUCAACCGGCACCUCCACUUCACCCUGGUCAAAGACCGGAAUGUGGCCACCAAGAGGGACUACUACUUCGCCUUGGCCAACACCGUCCGGGACCACCUGGUGGGCCGCUGGAUCCGGACGCAGCAGCACUACUACGAGAAAGACCCGAAACGAGUCUACUACCUCUCCCUGGAGUUUUACAUGGGCCGGACUCUCCAGAACACCAUGGUGAACCUUGCUUUGGAGAACGCCUGCGAUGAAGCCACAUACCAGCUGGGUCUGGACAUGGAGGAGCUGCAGGACAUCGAGGAAGACGCUGGGUUGGGAAACGGCGGGCUGGGUCGUCUGGCUGCCUGCUUCCUCGAUUCCAUGGCCUCCCUGGGUCUAGCUGCUUACGGCUACGGCAUUCGCUACGAGUUCGGCAUCUUCAACCAGAAAAUUGUCAGCGGCUGGCAGGUGGAGGAAGCUGAUGAUUGGCUGCGUUAUGGCAAUCCCUGGGAGAAGGCCCGGCCUGAGUACAUGCGCCCAGUCCACUUCUAUGGAAGAGUGGAGCACACCCCGGAGGGAGUGAAAUGGGUCGAUACACAGGUGGUUUUGGCUCUGCCCUACGACACCCCGGUCCCCGGCUACAGGAACAACAUCGUCAACACCAUGAGACUGUGGUCUGCCAAAGCACCCUGUGACUUCAACCUCAAAGACUUUAAUGUUGGCGGCUACAUCCAAGCUGUGCUGGACAGAAACCUGGCCGAGAACAUCUCCCGGGUCCUCUACCCCAACGACAACUUCUUCGAGGGGAAGGAGCUCCGUCUGAAGCAGGAGUACUUUGUGGUGGCGGCCACUCUUCAAGACAUCAUCCGCCGAUUCAAAGCCUCCAAGUUUGGCUCCACAGAAUUCGUGCGAAUGGACCUUUCCACCCUGCCAGACAAGGUGGCCAUCCAGCUGAAUGACACCCACCCUGCUCUGGCCAUCCCUGAGCUGAUGAGGAUUUUGGUGGACACUGAGAAGGUCUCUUGGGAGAAGGCUUGGGACAUCACGGUUCGUACCUGUGCCUACACUAACCACACCGUUCUGCCUGAAGCCCUGGAGCGCUGGCCCAUCGACCUCUUCCAAAACCUGCUGCCUCGCCACCUGGAGAUCAUCUACGAGAUCAACAGGCGGCAUAUGGAGCGCAUCAGUAAGCUUUAUCCCGGAGACCACGACCGCCUCCGCCGGAUGUCCCUGAUCGAAGAAGGCGGCCAAAAGAAAAUCAACAUGGCUCACCUCUGCAUUGUGGGAUCUCACGCCGUGAACGGAGUGGCCCGCAUCCACUCCGAAAUCAUUAAAGACACUGUGUUUAAGGAUUUCUACGAGGUUGACCCGCAGAAGUUUCAGAACAAAACCAACGGCAUCACACCCAGGCGUUGGCUGGUGAUGUGCAACCCUGGCCUGGCUGAUGUUAUCGCAGAGAGGAUUGGUGAGGACUACAUCCGCGAACUGGACCAGCUGAAGACACUUCUCAAGUUUGUUGAUGAUGAUGCCUUUAUUCGUGAUGUUGCCAAAGUCAAACAAGAGAACAAGAUGAAGUUUGCUGUCCAUCUGGAGGAGCACUACAAGGUGAAGAUCAACCCCAACUCCAUGUUCGAUGUCCAAGUCAAGAGGAUCCACGAGUACAAAAGGCAGCUGCUCAACUGCCUGCACAUCAUCACGUUUUACAACCGUAUCAAGAGGGAGCCCAACAAGUCAUGGACCCCCAGGACUAUCAUGAUCGGAGGAAAGGCUGCUCCAGGUUACCACACAGCCAAGAUGAUUAUCAAGCUGAUCACAUCAAUUGGAGACAUUGUUAACAAUGACCCCGUGGUGGGAGACCGCCUCAAGGUCAUCUUCCUGGAGAACUACCGCGUCACUCUGGCUGAGAAGGUCAUCCCCGCGGCCGACCUGUCCGAGCAGAUCUCCACAGCGGGCACUGAGGCCUCUGGCACUGGGAACAUGAAGUUCAUGCUGAAUGGUGCCCUCACCAUCGGCACCAUGGAUGGUGCCAAUGUGGAGAUGGCAGAAGAGGCUGGAGAGGAGAAUCUCUUCAUCUUCGGCAUGAGGGUGCCUGAUGUGGAGGCUAUGGACAAAAAGGGCUAUGACGCUGUGUCAUACUACAACCGUAUCCCCGAACUGAAGCAGGCCAUGGACCAGAUCUCUGGAGGCUUCUUCAGCCCCAGCCAGCCUGACCUCUUCAAAGACAUUGUCAACAUGCUGAUGCACCAUGACAGGUUCAAGGUGUUUGCAGACUAUGAAGACUACAUCAAAUGCCAAGAGAAAGUCAGUGCGCUCUACAAGAAUCCUAAAGAGUGGACCAAGAAGGUGAUUCACAACAUCGCCGGCUGCGGGAAAUUCUCUAGUGAUCGUACCAUCGCCCAGUAUGCCAGGGAAAUCUGGGGCAUGGAGCCCAGUCUGGAGAAGAUCGGAGCUCCUGAUGAUCCUCGCUAAAAACCAGCACUGCAUUUGAUUCCCCCACAGCAACUUAAUUUGUGGUUCAGUUACAAGAGAUAAACCCUGUAGCUUUUGCACUGUGUAAAAUGUGGCAGUAUAACUGUAGAUUAUUAAAUACGUUGGCCCCUGUAGAACAUGAUGACCUUUGACCUGUAGCACCUUCCACUCGUCUGGCAUUAAUAUUUAUGAAAGCGGGCUUUAUUCAGAAUUUUCCCCCAUCAUGCACCAGCAAUGCAUAUUGUCACUGAUGGAUGACAACCUCGUAUCUCCAAAAUGUCAGAUUUUCAGCAACGAAGGAAACAGUUUAGUUUUUUAUUUGAUUGCGAUGCAUUUUUGACUGUAUCCAAUGGGUUUUUGAAGUUUUUGUAAACCCAAGGGUGAUUAAAAAAAUCCCUACUUAUGUAACCCUUCAACUGAAACAGCAAAAUGAGAAUUACUGUAUGACUUAUGAGGUUUUCACACAACAGUGAUACCGUACUAACUGUGCCACAGUGGUCGACACUGCCACUAUUCUAGCAUUCUGAACACAUUCCCCUUCUAAUUUUCAGCCUAUACGACUGGCAAAAACCUCACAAAACACUUCAGAAAACUAGAACUCCUCACCACUGUUAUGGUACCAAAAACCGACGUCUUCCAUGGAAGAGCAAAGGGACACAAAGUUGCCUCGCAUGUCAAAUAUGCACAACAGUAUCUCAGCAGCACUGUGACUGGUUGGAAGUCUCCAUACUCACACUUUUCAUUCUCAGCGCUAAUGGGUCAAAAUCAGAAAUGCCUAAAAUCUGUCAUUGAGUUCUCUAGCUGUUCAGUGUCUCAUGGUGUUUGCUGAAUGUAUCCAUUUCUGUGUUAUCACCACUGAUUGGGGUAGCCCUGCAAUGCAGAUGAGUAUAUGUAUUGAGCCAUCCGUUUUAGCUGUGUUCUCUUUGGCAUGAUUAUGUCCUCUUCACUGUAUUGUUCCUGACAAAUGACCUGUUAGACAAACUAAGCCUUCUCUGCCUAAUACCUAAGUGACUGAAUUUGUCCUUGCAAGUUAUGUGUAAUUGUGUGUGUUUAAUUCAGGUGAGCCCAUCACAUCCAUAGCAGCUUGACUUGAUGUACUGUAACAGCAUUAACCCCCUGGUUCAGCCACUGCCCGUCACUGUUUGACUGAUGUGAUGCACUGGAGCGUAGGCCCACACACUGAAGAGCUUCUAGAAGGAACGCUUAACAUGACAUCGUCAUUGUGACUCCGUGUUUUUGAAGUCAAUAAACAAACUAUGGCAAAACUA